AUGGUUCCCAAGAUACGACCAUAUAAAAUCAACUACGUCUUCGCCUUCUUGAACUUCUUCCACACUCUCUUCUACAUCAUUUCUAGCUCUAUUUGCUUCAACCAUGGCUUCAAUAGCAACUUCAGCACCUACUUCCUCACUACUGAAUAUUUGCUCACUGCCAUUUUGUUGCUCUACCUGGGUAUUAAGAACAAGAGUGAGAGAAUGGUUGCUAGCAAGGAUUGGGUGCUUAGCACUUCAUUGACGAUCGUCAUUUGCUGGCUGCCGCUUUUUGUUUGCUACAACUUGAUUGAUGCUUUCCACUCGGUACGGGACGUGGAAAUAGUGUUGUGGUACCUAGCGUUUUUGCCGGAGUACUUGGCGUACUCUUGCUCGAUGAUAACUGUGUGGAGACUUUGGAAGUCCAACCAACAGUUCAAGGUGGCGUUCAGGAAGUUUUUCAGACGGAAUGUGCCUUCCGCUGAGUAUGAAGAACUCUUUGUGAGUGAAAAUACGAUAACAAAAUGA